AUCUUCCGAAUGAUACCGAUUACUUUGCAUCAUGGAGGGAAGGCAGUUCAAACUUUGGAGUUCCUGGACGAGGGAGCUUCAACAACACUUGUUGAGAGCUCUCUAGCAGAUUCGUUGGACGUCGAGGGAACUCCGGAACCCCUGGUCAUCGUGUGGACAGGAAAUGUUAAGCGAAAUGAAGAUAGUUCGAGAAAAAUCGACCUGCUGGUAUCUGCCGUGGAUUCUCGUAGAAAGUUUAUGAUGUCGUCUGCCCACACUGUCGGAGAAUUGAAGCUGCCUCUACAUAGGACCUGUUACAGAAGCAUCGUAAAUAAAUAUCACCACUUAGACGGAGUUCCUUUGUCGAGUACCAAAAUGGAAGUUCCCAGAGUUCUUAUAGGCCUCGACAACCUACAUCUAUUCGCCCCUCUGGAGUCCAAGGUUGGUGCCCCGGGAGAACCGAUAGCCGUACGUUCAGCGCUGGGUUGGGCAAUCUACGGUCCUGAUUGGAGACUUGAGCAGCAUCACUAUUUGAACCAUCAUCUUGUUCAAAGCUUGAACAAUCGUCAGCUUCACGAUCUGAUGGCGGAGCAGUACGCUCAGGAAGAGCUUCAUGUAGCACAAGGCAAUCCCUUAGAAUCGGAGGAAAUCCGGAGGGCCCGCGAGACCCUUGAAUCGACAACUGUCCGAGUAGGAGACCGCUUCGAAACGGGGCUACUUUGGAAGCAGGAGCCUGUUUUUCCAGAUAGCUAUCCGAUGGCGCUGAACCGACUGAAGAGCCUGGAACGACGUUUUCAAAGAGAGCCGCAUAUGAAGCAGAACGUGAACCAGCAGAUUGAAUACUACCUGACCAAAGGCUACUGUCAUAAGGCCACGGCAGAAGAGCUGAAGAGUACCAAUCCUUCUUCCGUGUGGUAUCUUCCUCUUAAUGUCAUGCUGAAUCCUAAGAAACCGCAUAAGGUACGUUUGGUGUGGGACGCGGCGGCCAAAUCGCAGGGUGUUUCUCUCAAUUCUUACCUGCUCAAAGGCCCCGAUCUACUGGCAUCACUUCCGGCAGUCAUCAGCAAGUUUCGAGAGCGACGAGUUGCCGUGGGAGGUGACAUCAAAGAGAUGUACCAUCAGCUCAGGAUUAGAGACGCAGACAAGCAGGCGCAAAGGUUUCUCUUCCGGUUCCCGGAAGACGAUCAUCCUACCGUUUUCGUCAUGGACGUCGCCACCUUUGGCGCUGCUAGUUCUCCAUGCUCGGCGCAAUACGUCAAGAACCUGAAUGCCCAGCAGUUUUCCACUCGUUAUCCAGCAGCAGCACAAGCUAUCGUUCACCGUCAUGGCGACGACUACUACGACAGUUUCGACACCGAAGAGGAAGCCAUCGAGCGAACCAGAGAAGUACGUUGGAUCCACUCGAAAGGUGGGUUCGAGAUCACCAACUGGACGUCUAACUCUACAGCUGUUCUUCGAAGUUUGGGAGUGGGUGGUGGCUCCAGAGAGUCAAUCCAUUUGAACCAAGACAAGGUGGAGGAUUACGAGCGAGUUCUCGGCAUCAUGUGGGACACACAGAACGACGUGUUUUUCUUUGCGGUGCCCACAAACGCAGCGGCUACAGAGGCAGAACCACCAAAGAAAAGGGGAGUCCUGAGCACGGUCAUGUCGCUGUUCGAUCCAGUAUUGAUUUCAACAGAGCAACACCUCCCUGUGUAACUGAUCUGCUCGGAACCUUGAGCAGCACUGAUUUGCUUCUACAUCUGACUGUAAGUUGCGGCAAACCCGAAGCAAUCGACCAUGUGCUCGCUCGGCUUAAAUCCCGAGUCGAUGGGUGGGGUUAGAGAAACAAGAGAUAUCAAUAGCGGGAAAGAUCACAUGCGGGAUAUACAUUGUGUUUUCGAUAGAAGGUCCAGCAGUUGAUCGGCAGAGCUCGAUUGCUCGGGUUCGCCGGUUUCAUCACGUUCACCGUGGUGGAAUUGGCUAACGCGCCGUUGUACUGAAGCGGAGAUUGCAGGUUCAAGUCCUGUCGGUGAGCCGUUGUAUCUUUUUCGAAAAAUUCAUGAUAUUUACGGCUUAUGUUCUUUCGUUCUUUGAUAGCUUAUGUUUCUUUAAUUCUUUCCGUCAUCUACGAAAAUGUGAUUAUUUUCAGGUACAAAGAUGUACCAAACGAUUUCAUAACAUCAGUAUUGACAUACCGCACGUUGUUGGCCGUUGCUGCAAAGCGGAAAAUAGUGGUUAAGCAGUACGACGUCAAGACCGCCUUUCUCCACGGCGAUCUUGAGGAGGAGAUAUACUUGCGGCAACCAUCUGGUUUCAUCGCAGAAGCAGUAGAACACAAGGUGUGCAGACUGAGGAAGAGCCUCUACGCUCUGAAACAAGAUGCAAGGGCAUGGAAUUUCAAGCUGCUUUCCUUGCCCCACGCAAGGAGAUUGGAACGAGGUCAAAAGGGUAAUCCGCUACCUGAAAGGAACCAACCACUAUCGUCUUCGGUUGAGCAGAGCUGGAGAUAGGUCCGGACUGAUAGGAUAUGACUGACUCGGUUCGGGCGGAGAACAUUGCAAGACCGGAAAUCCAACAGUGGCCAAGUCUUCAAGUUUUUCGGAGGUAUCAUAAGCUGGAACUGCAUGAAGCAAACGUGCGUUUCCUUAUCCACAUCGGCGACCGAAUUCAUUAUCCGAGGCGUCACAGGAAGCAAUCUGGUUGAGCCGCUUGUUGGCCGACAUGGGUGAGAUUGGAGACGUUACAAUCAACGAGCACAAUCAGAGUUGUCUCAAUAUGCUGGAUACCGGAAAGUUCAGCAAUCGGACGAAGCACAUCGCCACAAAAUAUCACUUCGUUCGAGACCUAAAGCAGAAAAAAAGAUCGAGAUCGACAUCGUCUAUUGCCCGAAUGAAUACAUGCUAGCCGAUCUAUUUACGAAACUCCUUUCGGCUACACGACUCAAGACGUUGGCGAUAGACGCUGGAUUAGAAUCAACCGAUCGAGGAGGAGUGUUGGAGUAGGCCGAUCUCGGGUGAAACUAAUCACAGCAAUUGAGAUACUCCAAUGUCAUAAGCUCUUAAGUUUUUUCAACCAUUCGCAAAAACAACUUCAAUCUUCUAAGUUGUCGUCUUAAAUUCAACUUUCCGACUUGAAUCCAGAAUAGCAAAAAAUAUGUGAAAAUAUUAGCACUCAACGAAAUCGACAUAUUAGCCGCAUGUGUGGGCCUAUAUUGAUUUUGUAAUUGGAUUUUCAUAUAAAGAUUAUCUAUGUUUCAUGGAAGAUAAAUUCAAAAAUCGAGUGCGGUGGUUUAUAGAAAGUAUUUGUGACAAAUAAUUUAUAUAACAAAAUGACACGCAGAGGCUCUAGGUUUGGAAGAUAAUUCCUGAUUAUUCCUGAUAUUGAUUUCAAUUUUAUAAUUUAAGUGCUCAAUAAUUAAAAUUAAAUUUGAAGCUUGAUUAAAACGGAAUACUUGUAUUUGAAAAACACUUUGAUCCAUGACUCUAUACUAUAUACAAUUUAAGUCGCAUUCCAAAAUAAUCACUUGUCUAAAUACCGACCAAACAUGAAAUUCUUUGAGCAAAUUUUGUAACAUGAAUGACUUACAAAACAAAAUAGUUAGCACCCAGUAAACCGGUUUAUUGUUGUGGAGAAAUUUCGCCUUUAGGUGCACCCGUUGAUGUUCGGGAUUGGUUCAGAAUAUUCUAUUGUCCAAAUUCACAAUACUUACAAGAAAUUAUCAACGUUUGAAAAAAAAAAUUAUCCCCCGGAAAAAGGCAACUAAUUCACAGCUUUGCUUUUCGACGGCUUUAAAUAUUUAAAUCUUAUAUCAUGAUUUUCGAAAAUAUAACCGGUAACGGCAGUGUUUAGACUGCUGCUUUUUUCUCUAUUAUGGUUCAUAUUUUAUGUGCAGACUUACUUAAUGAUCUCGCGCCGAUCCUCGGGUGCAUAGGGCCGUGGUAAAAGUGGCCCAGUCAAGAGACUCUCGUCGACAGUUCGUAUUUCGGCGGCUAUGCUUCGCCGCCACGAGUUUCCGGGUCUGCUUCUUCUUCGAUGCCCUUCUGGAUUCCAUUCAAGCGCCUCUCUGCAAAUCUCGUUCUCAUCUUUUCGCAGCGUGUGCCCAAUCUAUCUCCACUUACGUUCCUAAAUCUCGAUUUCUAACGCCCUUUGAUGAUAACAGCUACGUAGUCUCUCAUUUGAGAUCCAGUUGCCAGGCCACCAAGCGCGGAUGAGAUUCCGCAGGCAGCGGUUUACAAACACUUUAGCGUCGUUACCGCUUAUGUGCACCAAGUUUCGCAAGAUGGAUUUCACGUUUGAGUUAAAGAUUCGAAUUCUCGUUCGUAGAAAUAUCUGACGUGAGCGCCAGAUGUUCCGGAGACUCGCAAAUGCAAAUCGGGCUUUUCUGAUCUGGGUUCCUUUUAUUUUUUCAUCCGAGAGACCGAAGCAAAUCGGUAUUCAUUAGCUGGCUUCGCAGGAACGAACCAAGCACCAGGUUAUAAUCUGCGAUUGUACACAUGAAUGCAAUAUCUUGAAGUUCUAUUGGCCGUUCCAAAAGCGGCUCCGAUGAUCUUUGUGUUUCCAGUGAAGAUGCCGGCUGAACAGCGUAAUUCUCAAGAUCUACAUUAUACCCAGUUGGGACUCAAUCGACGAGGAAUGCGACCAAACGGUGUCAACCACACCACCACACGGAGUGAGACAUUUCAUUUCCUUCAGCAACACCUCUGCUUCAAUGACGGCAUCCAGCGGUUGCUCAUAUUAUUUUUUUUAUUUACAUAGUAUUCCGUCUCACGACAUAACUUGACGAAAAUAAUUCCUAAACGGUUGCUCAAUUGUUCUAUAUUCGCUCAAUUGUUCAGUAAACCAGUGGCCAGAUAACCUUCGUAUAUGUUGCAGGCAAUCCACGGAUUCCGAACGAAGCAAACUAAUUGAACCAGACCCAUUUGACUGUAUUGGUAUUCAUUGUUCGGUUGAAUUCCGUUUUCCUGCAGACUGUGUGUAGUUUUUUGCUAAAGAUCUGGCGAUACCCGAACUUAAAACGGUUUGAGCUGCUUCUGAUUCCUAUGUUCAAAUUAAAAAUUUGUGUUUUUUCAGUUCACCGAUGAACUAGUGUUUCUGGCUAUGUUGACUAUACGGAAGCCUACAAGGCUGGUCUUCAUCCGCACAGGACUAGAACUUUCGAUCUUUUCUUUUUCCAACUAUUUCAAAACCAGCCGAAGCAUUUGUUGGCCAGGAGAGCAAACUUGAAGUCUCCUGGUGCUUCAUUAUACUUUUCCUGCAUAUGCCUAUCUUGAUCCAUGUAAACCCUCUAAAGGAAUGGCAUAUGGCAAUGGGCCACGCUCAGUAUCAUGCCUCAGAUGAAGCGCAAUAACGAUUGGCUAUUUCCAAGAAGAUUAUCCUGCAAUGAAACAGCCAAGAUAACGGUUCGAGGGUAGCUUCCUGAAUGCGUUCAGUAUGAUAGAAUCUCCAUGCACCACAUUGUAGUAGAUCAUCGCUUCUAUUUGUCGUUAUUCGAAUUCUGAACAGUUGUUUGUGUUUCUCAGGUAUUGCAAAUAAUCGAUCCGUAUUUCGCCAUCAAUUUGGGAGAUAAGCAGCAAAGCACCUGUCGACCAGACUCUGCUUUCGAAUGGUUUGUUUUGGGAUCCUAAAAAUUAAGUUUACAUUAAUUCUAUUCGGGUUCACUGAUUACAGACUUGAUGCUUGAUUUUAAUUGGGGGGUUCAAGUGACAAAAAACUUAGAUUCAAGUGAAGCAUUCCAAAUGAUUUUAAAAUAUAUUUUAAUUUGUUUGUAUUUUGUUCGAGUUUAUUUUAAUGACCAUUAUUUAGGAAUGGCGCUCCCUUUCCGAAGACAGUUUUCUAGCUCUUGCAUCAGGAAUUUUAAGCUAAUGAAUUAGGUAUAAAUGUUUUAAAUUUUACCUGAAAUUAAACGUCAACCGGACGUCCAAAUAAGUAUAGUACUUUCGCAGCUUCACCAAUAACAUCGUUUUGGAUGGAUCGACCGGAAAUCGAGUAAUUCGGGAAAGCAAUCUUGAUUCGCGGUAGUUCCUUUUUCAACACUGCCACUCCUGGCAUGAAUCUUAUCAUUCAUGCAACCGGAUCGCAUUCGGUAGCAGGCCUCGGUGAUGUUUUGCAUCGCCGUGCGGUCUAUAUUUACAAAGGUAUGCCUAUCUGUUUCAAAAUUCGAACAGGAAAAUGUCUGCAAGAAAAUUCAAAUAUAUUAGUUUCCGGAAAAGAGUAUUAUAGAUUAAAGUUUAAUUCUCACCUGGAAAUUAAUUUUCCGGAUGCAAAUUGACCAAAGCCAAUAUUACGAAAUCGACAGUAAAAGAAAUCGAAAUCAAAACAUUUUUCUGACGUUUUAAAGAACGGCUGCGUGCAUUUUGCAGGAUGGCAUGUCAGUACUAAAAACACUUGCAGGAUGGCAACGUUCAGUACUAAAUAAUCUAAAAACGCUUGCAGGAUGGUGUGGAUUUGUGGGUUAAUUCAUCCUGUGCCAUCCUGCAAACAAGCUGAAUCCGGGUAAAGUCGAGCGAGCGUGUACAUUUUUAGUACUUUGCCCAUCCUGCAUGACAGCUACGCCAUUAUUGUUUGUCUCUUGUAUCAGAAUUACAAUUUUAAUUUUUAUAUUUGAAAACUUAAUCGUUAUGUUCUGUGAGCGAAUAUAUUAAAAAUACGGCAUUUGAAAGUUCGUCGCGUUUUCGUCGUCACCAGUGUCAGUUCAAUAGUUCAGGUUUGAGUGCAAUUAGCUGAAUGAAAAUCCGUUUUUUUAAGGCGUCGGCUGAGAAACAGUUCGACAGUGGCCGAAAAAGAAAACAAAAGAACCAGCAAAUCUACGGCGUUUGGGCUGACGAGAGGUGGGAAUGGAGGAGGCGGGUUCUUCCCGAAGAAGCUGGAGCCAGCUAAUAGGAACCGGCGAAAAUGCCCCAAACGGUUUUAGUGGCCCGAUCGAUUUCGCUUCCGGUAAGAUCCUGCAAGCAGAGUAGAAACAAAAGGUUGAGGAAGAGGACGAAGAUGAUGGAGAGUGGCAAAUGCGCCACAGGUUCGAAACUACCAAGAAUGCUCUGUCCGGGACCAGUUCCGAGUCGGAAUCGGAUUCGGUUCCAAAACCGUAUGACUUUUCUUCGAUGACAGUGAUCCGGGAGUUCAAACGAGCCAAAGUUCUCCGCUCGGCAAAAGUGUCGGGAAUUGAAAACAGCACACAAAACAAAUCAGCGCCAAGCAAAGAUUUGCAGUGUAUCGCAGCUCCGAUUUAUGCUCACCUGAGCUGGUCAACUGAAACAGUGGCAAAUGUCUGGAAUCCUAAAUCUGAAAUUUUAGUGAGGUACAACUAACCGGAAAACGACCCGUGAAUAAGGUUGAAAAGAUCAUUUUUCCAAUUCCAGCCGUAGUUAGCGGGAAGAAGCGCAACGCCAAGAGCCACGGCACGGUAAUGAAAGUUCGGCAAGUUACUCAUCAUAGUUACUGUGAAAGACCCUGAAGCUGGAUUGAUUAGGAAGACUUCCAUCUGCUGAUGGCAGAGAAGUUCAUCUAGAACGAAAAUAUCCAAUCCGGGAACCAAAAAAAAGCCCCCAGUCUGAGGUCCUGUGAAAUAUGCCAAUGUAUACAUGUUUAUCUAGAAGUCGUUCAACCAAAACAUGCCAACAUUUCAGGAUAGCAAUUUGUUGGUGGGUAUGGCUCCCCAGAUAGAAACCUAUAUCAACACUAGACUUCUAAGAUCGAAAAUGUUUUGGCAUCUGUAAAGAUUGUCAAAUCCAGUCGGAUUAUUUGUAAGAAUCGUGGAAAACGAAAUACUAGUGGACUCGUUUCGUCUGGGUGAAAUAAAACAGAUAAAAAACGGAGCGAUAUAUUCACGGUACUGUUCCGUGGAGCAGAAAACUCUACGACAAGCUGUAAAAUAGACAUCUAGAGAACCAUGCCCUAUCUGUGAGCGUUCACUUUCUCUGUUAUCCGAGGUUGACCUAUGUAGCAGCAAUGAUAGUAACAAUUAUAGACAAUCUUCCGACCAGUUGCCUUAAAACUUCAGUGGCUAAAAUCAUCUUAUAUCACGAGUUGUUUCGAGAGUCCGCUGUCAGAGGUGCUGAUAUAGUCCAAUUUUUCUACCACUCCAAAAAAGCUAGCGACUCUUUCCACUUGCAAUCAUUUCUACAUUUUUUCGGUGGUAAAAUAGUCAUCAACUUCGACAACCAGGAAGCGGUGUUGCUGGGAAAUUGUUUGAUGCAAAGCUGAAUUAGGAACUGGAUAACGACGAAGGAAAGUCCCGUGCAAUGCCCCCACAAUUUUGGAACGGUUUCGGCUAUGAAGUUGUAAAAAUAUUAUCAACAUUAUGAAUUUGGAUAUGAAUACGAAAAUUCUUCCAGAUGGUUAUGCCACGGGCGUUGUAAAAAAGAAAAAUUAUAAUGAAUAUCUGGAAAGGGCACCCACCUGAGUUCUGUCUAAUGAAGUUACUAUCACAACUGUGACUAUAAAAUUCGAAUAAAAAAAAAACAAUAAAACUUCUGAACAA